AUGGUCCUGAUCCUACCCUAUAUUGGUAUCUUCGCUCUGCUGGCUACCCAGUCUGAUGCUAAGUAUCCUCCACCCAACGGCAGGUACUUCAAGCAACUGCCGGACUCUGCAACUGUGGCAGCAACUUUUGAAGAUGAUCCGUCCUUGACAUACACGGUCACCCUGCGAAUCACAUGUACACAGACUCCGCUCGGAGCUGAGUCACGGCCCCUAGCCCUCGAGUCUUCUAACUAUGAAUAUAGAAUAGCCCGACUCGAUAUGGGGGUCUUCUAUGCAUUCUGCAUAAGAGCAGCAGAGAAGUGCCCGAACUUGUUGACUGAGCAAGACCUCGAGCGCUUCGUCUACCAUGGCAAAGAGGAUACGGUUGAAGCAAAAGUGAAGGGCAAAUUUGUGACUCUGGUGAAGUCUCCAGCGUGA